UUGCACAUUCCUUCCUGUUAUGUUUACUCAAAAUAAUGCGUUUUUGAUAAUGACAUAUCCUGCGUUGCACGGGUAUUUUGGCACAUACCUGUAUGCAAACAUUUUUAGUCUGUUUUGGGGGCAUCCACGACCUUUCUCAAACCCACAUUAAAACCCACAGAGAUGCAGCGUCCAAUCUUUUAGCACAACUGGACAUCAGAAGAAUGAAUGACAAUUUAAAGCGAGCCAGAAGUUUUGCUCAAAGUCAGAACCGACCAACAAGCAUCGUAAGGGAAAUGUUGCAUAAGGUUUGAAGCUGUUCUUCUAGAUGAGGAUAUGAGUGUUGUAGACCAGAGAGGUGAUUAAAAAAUAGUCUGGGGACUGCAGAUUUUGAAAAAAGAAAACGUUACAUCUGUAGACCCUCCCAAGACAAAGUGGAGAGGGGUGCAUGAGGAGAGCUGGAGAAAAUGGAAACAGCAGCUGCAGGCAUGGCUUCCUUAAGAGGCUUGGUAAUUAAGAAAGAGCUUGCAGAUGAUUUCUCAUACCCUACUGAGUCUUCAUUCUCAGCUCAAUCACCAUCAACAGCAAAUGGAAUGGUCUCAGAAUACUGCACCGCAAAGCUCAAGUGGGGACAAACAGAAAACUGUACCUGUGAGUUUUCCACUAAAAGACUGAAAACUAGUAACAUUGUUGAAGAAGGUGAAGGAUAUACAAUAGAGAUUAAUCCAAGCUGGAAGGAAGAGUUAUCUGAUUUUUCACAGUGUGAAACAGGUUCGGGACAUCGUCUAAUAAAGCCAGAAUUAGAUUUGUAUACAAAUACAGAAUCUACCUGCAUGGAGUCUGACAAGGUAAAGAAAUUGCCAAAGGUUAAAUUAGAACCAUUGGAAAAUAUUAUUACAGAUGACAUACUGAACACAGCAGCAAAUGUACGAGAAAAUGAUACUCUCAGGACAUGUAAUAAACAGGAGACUAUGCAUAUUGGAACUAAGAUGCUAAAGCAGCCAAGGGUAAAUGAAAUACCAGAAGGAACACCAUCAUCUAAUUCCAUUCUACCAGCAAUUAGUCGAGAAGCACCAGUAGCUGACUCCAUUCUGACAACAAUCAGUCAAGCAGCAACAGCAUCUAACGUUCUAUCAACAACUAGUCAAGCUUCGAAAGACAGCUCUGUUUUUAGGGAGAGUUCCAGCCCUUUGAGGUUGUUGUCAGAUAAGGAUCCAACAUGUGUAUCUCCUGGUGAGGACUUGCAUUUCAGUGAAGACAGCUGUAUUAUAGGUAUGUUUGAUUCUGCUGUUGGACGAGAUGGCCAGUCUAAAGUACCUUUACAUGAGAACACCAGGACCUCAGACAAGCAUCUUCUCAAGACAAAAGUUUCAAAGAAGAAAAGCACAAAGUUUUUAAAAAAUGGUGUCACAUCAGAUGAUCUUUACAAGAAGUUUCUCCUGAGUAGUAUUAGGUGCAAUGAAUCUUACAUAGGAUUAGAGGAGUUUAAACAGAAAAAAAUGAAGCUUGAAAUUGAACUGCUGAAAAUGCAGAUUCAGCAACUUGAGAGUGAAUCAUGCUGUGAACAAGAUACUUGAAAUUUUUCUGACUCGGACUUACACCUGUGGGAAAUCAUCAUAGUGAAUGUUGAAAGAUCAGGUAUCCAGCUUACUUUGCAUUUGCCUUUGUGGUUCCAGGUGCUAAAAUGCUUCAACUAGUAAGACAAUACUUGAAAGAUAUUGCAAAGAAUCUGUUGAUGCAUUCUUACUGGGGGUUACAGUAAAACCACAAUAUUGUUAUUAAUAGAAAUCAUUUGGCAGCUUAAAAAUGAUUUUCUUUUUGUCACUAAACCAAAACUUUGCUUUAGUUUUUUUUUCAGAUUUUACUGGGGGUAUUUUUUUUUUUUGAUUUUGGAUUUGCAGUCAAUAUGAAACCAAAUAUUGCACUGACUAAACCUGGAAUGCAUUGCAGAUAUGCAUACUUGUUUUGUUUUUUUAAUUAGAGGAAAGUGUUUUGUAAAAAAUAAAUAAGAACAAUUAUAACUUACAAGAAACACCUUAGUAAUUACAGUUGCAAAUUUAUUUCCAAUAUCUGAUGUGUCACUAGGAACAGUAAUCAAAACCCUGAGAAAAUUUCUAUUGUUUUUUAAAAAAGGUAAGAUCAAAAUCAAACGUAAAUCACGUUGACUGUAAAGUGCAAUUUUUGAAUGACUUGAAAUAUUUAAAUAAAUUCAGAAAACGUUCGUGUCUUCUUCAUUAAAACAUUACAGUUA